UUAGUUGCGGUAUAUUUUUUUGUUGUGAAGUUAAAUACGUAUUUAUACCACAAUAAUAACCAGUUCGAAGAAGUGAAUAAUGGCGUAAACAUCUAAUUCCAGUGUUAGAUUAUUGCUAAUGGAUAAUAUGAUUAUCACUUAAUAUUAAAUUAGUGUUAGUAUAAUUGAAUUAAGUGUGUUAGUGAGACUCUACUAACUAAUAAAUAUGAAGAGAAAGUUGCUGUUUCGUGUUUUGUUGGUUUUAAUAGUUUUGCAAAUAUGUGACGGAAGACGAUAUGGUGGUGGUUCUUCUUCGAGAACAAGACCAAGCCCUUCUAGACCAUCUUAUCCGUCGCACCCCUCGCCUUCUAGACCAUCUUAUCCGUCGCAUCCCUCGCCAUCUUACCCUUCCCACCCUUCUCCUUCUAUACCGUCUUACCCCUCACAUCCAUCACCUUCUAUACCUUCGAGACCUUCAUAUCCUUCGUACAACCCCCCGUCACCCAACAGCGGUACCAACACAAACCCAAACACAAACAGUAAGCCCAUAGGUUGGAAUACACAUGAAAGUCAACCGGUUGGACCUCCCAAAACCAACUUGCCGACCCAACAAAAUUCCGGCAGCAGAACCCACGACAGCGUGUUGCCGGUGGCCACCCAGCAGAAAACUUCCGGUCUCGGUAACUCACCCCAAGGCCCCCCAAUACAACCCGGCUACACCCAGGGCACGGCCAACCAACCCCCGCCGUACAACGCUGCAGGGCAUUAUCCGCAGCAGCAGUAUCCGCCGGCUUAUCCCGGUCACGCGUACCCGCCCGCUUAUCCGGGUCACGGAUACCCGCCGGCGUACCCGGGUCACGCUUACCCGCCGCCGGGAUACCCGGGACACUACCCGCACGGAGGAGGACCGACCAUAAUCAACAACAACAAUAUCGUAGGCGGGGGCGGGUAUGGCGGUGGUUACCCCUCGUACCACUACCAAAGCAGCGACACUGGAAGCGGCACUCUAGGGUUUUUCCUCGGUUACUCUCUGGCCAAAAUAACCACUCCCACCUACCAUUACUCGUCAAAUUCCUACGACGGAUACAGACCGCGUUACGAUCACUACGAAGUGCACCAUUACUACCACGGCAACAACGUCACGGUGAUCGAGAAGGAGAGGGUGAUAGAACCGAACACCAUCACGGGUUGCGUGGGUGACAGCGGUAGCAUCUGCCCCGCCAACACGACCUCCCUGUGCACCAAUACGGGCGCCAUUAUGUGCGUGGCUAGCGCAACAUCCGCCACAGCCUGCAAAGACGUCAAAGACGCGAACUGCAUCAAGAGUACGGUGCCUUGCGUCGACAAAAAUGCGCCGGGUUGCAAGGACAAUCCGCAAAACACCACCACGGUGAACAUCCCCUGCAUAUCCACGGCCAAGAUCUACGGUAACAUAACCUACGUCAACAACACCAUCGUAGUGGAAAAUGCCAACGCGACCAUGAAUGUAACGAGUAGCAACUCCACAAUGUCGAGUAACGCGACUGAAACGACUACCUCAGCGCCAACCACAAUACCCCCUCCAAACGUGAAACCCGAAGAGUUUUGCGUUACAAUAUUGGCACUACCUGCAGUAAGACAAGCUACGGAAGGUGAAAAAGUCUACAAUGAACUAGAAAGUACAGUGACAAAUUUCCUGGGUAAAGCCUUUGGGUUGUAGUCCAAGCAUAUGUGAAUUAUAAAAUGUAAUGUGAUUGUAUUUUAAAUAAAGUGA